UUCUCGGAGUUAACUUCUCGAUUGUACAAAAGAGGGACGCUGAAUAAUCGAAUGGCCAUGAGGUUAGGUUCUACGAAUCUGUACCAUCCAGUUGUUCCGCGCGGGAAUAAGGUGCAAGGUAAUUGGUAUGAUAUCACCGUGGGAAUGUUAGGUUGAAAAAGUGAUAUAAAGGAUGUAGAUCAUGAAGUAACGAACCAUUCGGUGUCUGUGUGGCGUACGCCUACGUAGUUCCUUUUACUCGUGAUCGUUCACUGAUUCCUGUAUACAAAUUUCUUCAAAAACGUCUGGGUGGCAAAAAGUAAACUACAAGCAUGGAAUAUAAAAGUGGUUUUCUGCAAACAACCGAAGGUAAAGAGAUCACUUCGAACGAAGAACUAGAGAACUGGAUGACUCGACUUCCGGAAGCUGUGAAAGAGAUACCCAUAAUACACCUGGCGAUACCUGGUUCCCACGAUACGAUGACUUACACUAUAAAUCGACGUAACGACGUGGGGCCCGAUGAGCCAAACUACAUAAGGGCACUCGGCCGUUACUGCUCGGUCUUCUCAAAACCUAUUAUUUUUAAUUGGUCUGUUACACAACUCGCCGAUAUUAAGGACCAGCUCAACGGUGGAAUCCGAUAUUUGGACUUGCGUGUUGCCACAAAACCAACCAACGAGGAUAUUUAUUUUUUACACGGCUUGUACGGAUCGACAAUAUAUCAACCACUGCGAGAAGUGGCAGAAUGGCUGGCCUCCCACAGUAAUGAAAUUGUAGUCUUAGAUUUUCAACACUUUUAUUCGUUCACGGAAGCGAAUCAUCGGCAUCUGGUGGAAACAAUUUUCCGUAUAUUUCAGAGAAAAUUGUGCCCAAUAGCUUCUAGCUUCGAGCAUAUAACGCUGCGUCGGCUUAAUUUAGAAAAGUAUCAAGUAAUCGUUAUUUACAGAAACUCUUAUGCCCAAAGUUACUCAACUUUGUGGCCAAGUGCCUUGUGGCGCACACCGUGGCCUGACACUGUUCGUGUCGACCGACUUAUAGAUUUCUUGAAUAUAGAAAUGCGGGCCAGGCCUUUGGAAAUUGGCUUUGUGUCCCAGUGCGUUUUAACUCCAGACACUUCUUACGUGUUGAAACAUCUGUGCGGAACACUGCAGAUGAAUUUAAUACCGAGAUGCAAAAAAGUAAUUCUUUCUUGGAUAGGUCAACAACGACCUGGCCAGGGUGGAUUAAAUAUUGUUAUCGCCGACUUUGUGUCGGAUAAUAACUUUUCAUUCUGUAAAACUGUAAUCGAAAGUAACAAAAGAUUGUACAAUUCACAGUAUGCUGUGUGAAAUACUCUGUACCUGAAUGCACAUAUAACAAUUAAAUAUAUAACGUUUAUAAUUUCAAUGCAAGCUGAUUGUGAUAAGUUGUUUUUUUUUGUAAAUAAAAUUACUCUCGGAUAAAUAUUUCUAUAUAAAUGUAAUAAAGGAUAUAAUAAAUUUGUGUCACCAGAA